UUUUGAGUAGUAAUGUUACUUUAACCGUCCCUACGGUUUCUUUCGAAAAUAGAUAAAAGAAAACACCGAGCAUAUUAUCGCCUAUUACAAGAAAUGAAAUGACUCCUGGAUUUACAUUAUUUAUCAUUUAAAAUUGUGGAUUAUUAAAUACGUCAAAUAAGUUAAUUAAAAUAUUAUCCUGAUCUAUUUCAUUUGUAAAAUAACAAUGAAGUGAUGUGAUAUUUGAUCUACUUAUUUAAUGAUAUUCUCGAUUAGUUAUAAUGUUGAUCAUACAUUUUUCAUUUAGGUUGUUCAACGGACAGCGCUCAGUCAGCUCCGAAUAAACCAGUUACCAUGGAGCUGCUCGUGUCAGUGGAUAUCAAACAGACUGGAGAUGAUUGGUAUGAACCUCUCCUUUCUGGGCUUGACUUCCUACCAGACGGGAGACUGGUAGCCGUGGAUCCCUGGAAUUGUAAAUGUCUCAUAUUGGAUGACCGACUACAGAUACAAGGAACGCCGUACAAGUUCAAAACAUAUCCAUAUGGCGUUGUAUGUUUGUCUCAGUGUGAGCUGGCAGUAACGACCUAUAUUGAGAAAGUGUGCCUCCUGUCCGUGGGUCCUGACAAUGUCAUCAGUCUGACCAGGCAGAUACGCACAUCCACAAAAGUCUUUUCCAUAUGCUGCAUGACCACAACACACAUGGUCGUGAGUACAUAUGAUGAUCCACGUCCAGUGAGAAUGAUAAACCAGACCAGUGUGGAGUUUGAUUUUGACCGUGUGCUGUUUAAAAGGAGACGUACAAACUUAAUGAGAGCAAGUGCACGUAUGUCCCUUCAAAGAACACGUUGGUAAUGACUGAUAAGGAUGCUCACACAGUGUACAUGUUCAACACCGUGAAGGGAACGUCUAGAGCAGUCACUAAUUAUAACAUACAGAGACCACAUGGUGCCUGCGUCGGGCCCGGUGACACGGUGCUGGUGUGCAGUGGGGCUAAGAACUCCAUCGUACACAUCACUGUUGAUGGGGACAUUCUAUGUACCUACCAUGUAGAUAUGCAAUGUCCGUAUUCCCUGUGUAUGAAAAAUGAUGGGAGCAGAUUGGUCGUGUUUGGUUGUAAAAAGGGAAUGCAGAAAUUGAUGAUGUACAAAUUUCAUAAAUGACAUCAUACGUAGCUA